AUGGCUGACCCCCAGAGUCUGAACAAGGUCUCGGCUGAAGGUUCCUGGCACACUGCCGGCCGGCAAGCUCGCAGGGAGCUCUUCCACCAAACGAGAUCAAGGCAUAAGCAUGCUCAUGCAGAUGCCGCAACUUAUGCUGAUGCGGAGUCAGCAAAUACAAUAGAGCCUUUGUCGAACGCGUCGGCCUCAUCUACAGCUCCUGGCUCUGCCAGUAGUCGACAUAGUCCUAAUCAGGGGUUCCGUGCUCAAGACUUGGCUUCGUCCCUGACUGAGCUGGCUAACUUUGUGGCCCAGUCGCAGAGAGAGAGCAUGACAGCUGGUGUGCCUGUACCCGCAGAGGCAUCAGCUUUGCAGAGUCUCUUGGAACAAGUAGCCCAGCAGAAUCUUGUGAAGGCUGGGUUGGCGAGUGUUCCCGAGCGGCAGCGGCAACAUCCAAUUGUGGAACAGGCUGCGGCUUGGCCAUGUCCUGCCGGACCACUCAAUGGACAGAGGCAUGCGCCUCCUGAGGUUGCUGGAUCCCACGCUGGUAAGGGACUUCAAGCCGAGGUCCCUCCCAGUAUCCAGUUGGCGAAGCUUGCCGAGAUCUUUCGAUUGCUAGGACAACAUGAUCAGGUUCGGGCAACCAUGCCCGAGCAAAGCCUGACUUCAGAACAGCAGACCCUUCUCUCGCGAUUUGCAUGCGAGCAGGUUGAUAAAUGGCUGCAGGAGCAGCGGACACAGCUGCAACAAUUGCGGCAAAUGCAGCAGCUCCAACAAAUGCAGCGUCAAAUGCAAGAGCUACAACCCAAGCUGCUGCAAAUGCAAGAGAUAGUCAACCAGUUCAUGAAUGUUGCGUAUGUUGCCCAGCAGGUUCCACAGUUGCCAUCGCAACAACCCAUGUCAUCUAUGCCGUCGAUGCCUGCAUACAUUCAUCCUCCUGGGACUCCUGCCCCUGGUUUGGACUGGCCACCGGGCAUGCCAGAUCCCGGAUGCCCUUCUCCUUUGGAGUCCUUGGCUUCCUAUGGUCACAUGGGCAUGCCAGGCAGUGCGGGAAAUAUGGUCGCAGGUCACGACAAGAUUUCAAGUAAUGGUUCCAUGGACAUGAAGCAUGCGGCCCGUGCUCAAAAUCGUGCAAAUCAUGUCCAGAAGAAGAAAGGCUGGCUCAACGCUGAGAACGAGGAAGCAGCCCAGUCUUCUUCUCCCCCAUCAAGUUCUACAGAAAAAGCAAGCCUUCAUGCCGACAAGAAGAGCACCUUGGGGAUGCAUUUGACACAGCUUCAGACUGAAGAUCCGAAGUGCGUUUUCAUUGCGCGUCGAAUCAACGGCAUGGGCUUCCAGUCCAAGGACGUGCUGAGUGCUCACUACGAGCAGUACGGCCGGGUCUUGAAGGUGCUGGUGGCCCACUCGAAGGUGAAGCCUUUCCGUCGGCAGGGUGCACAGUCUCGAAUUCGUCCUGGCAGUCUGGGUUUCAUUGUGAUGGACUCUCCACAAAGCGUGGAGAAAAUCCUAGCCCAUGGUGCAAAUCAGACUGUUGCCGGACACAACAUCAGUGUUGAGCGCUUCGAAAAGAUUGCGAAACCCCAGGAAACUGGCCAGUCAACGGCCGGCGAUUCAACCACAACUCAUGGCGGUUCCACAACAACAGGUUCAGGAUCUGGGUCCGGAGGCGACUCCAACGGCUCGGACAAGAGCUCUGCAGCUGGAGCCAAUGGCAUGGGAGAGAGUGGAUCUGGGGGUUCCGAAGAAGGCUCCGACAAAGGCAACGGCUUCUCAGCCGAUGGCUCUCAGCAGAAGGCUGAGGGAAGCUCUGAAGACUCAAAUGGUGGAGAUGGAGAUUGGCAGUCUGAAUCCAGCAAUCGUGCAACGUCUCCGGGCACCGGAAGAAAGAAAGAAGCCUUCGAAGAGGGGGUGCUACCUGGUGAUUCCGAGAAGACGGACAGCUGA